GUCGGAGAAGCUGAUAAUCUCUUUUCAAGUUGUUAAACCAAUACCAUCAAACAACAAACAUGUCUGACGGCAGUUCCAGGAGAGUGUCACGGGAACGUGAGCCAUCUCGUGGUAGAUAUAGCCGCUCACGAGAGAGAGACAAUUCAUUGCGACGCAGAAGAAGCACUGAACGGCCAUCGCAGAGUAGGCGCAGUUCAUCACAAAAUAGAAGUCGAAGAAGUCACAGCCGAGAAGGAAUUAGGUCUUAUCGUGACGUCAUCGACAGCCGUAUAAAGUCAACAACCAGAUCAUGCGGGAUAAGUUCAAGUAGAUCGCGGAGCAAAAGUAGUACACGCUCGAAAAGAAAAGGAAGCAAAUCACCAAAAGCUAAAGCUCCAUCUUCUAGUAAAUAUGGCAGUGACAAAGCACAAGGUUCUAAUAGGAGCAAAAGUACAACUUCAUCUUCUAGUAAAUAUGGCAGUGACAAAGCAGAAUGUUCUUAUAGGAGCAGGCCUUCAGUGGAAAGCACAGAAAGGCCAUUGGACAGUCCUUUGCAAAAUUUAAGUGGAAGUUUCAACCUGGCAAAGGCCAAGCUACUGCUACCAGAUGAGCAAACAUUGGAAGAAAAUGAGAUUGAGACGAAAUCAUUGAGCCUUAGUGCCGCGGAGGAACUGUCGAAGAUACCAAAAAUUGGUGAGAUAUACAAUGAGGUAGGAGCUGAUGUGAAAAACAUAGAGAAACGGUUGAAAUUUCUUUCACAGAAAUUCCAAAGUUUGUCAAUUACGGAGGCAAAUGAAAUAGCUGAUGCUGCAUAUCUUCUCAGACUUCUCAGAAAACCAAAUCACGAGAUUGAGAUGGCGGGGAAAAUGGCACAUAAAGGUGCCCUUUUGAUUCUUCAGGCAGAAAUGCUAUCCAACAAAGGAAAGGAACUACUUGAGCAGAGUAAAAACAAGUUAAAGUUCACUAUGCUUUGAGUCAAAAGGUUUUAAUCGGUCUAAUAAUGCUUGGUUUGGUAAUCGUUAUUUAAUAUUUGUGUGGAUUUAUGGAGAUUCGUAAGAUGAUUAAUGAGGAUUGUAUCCAUUUGGUUUAGAUGAUUUAUGAGAACUUGUGAUGAUAUGUAUUUUAAAUGAUAGAAUGAAGUGAAA